GCGCCGCCCCAACCUUACCUUUGCCAGAAGAUGAAACGCAAGUGGCAUCGGAGAGUCAGCUCCUUCAAAGUGCUUCGAUGUUGGCCCAUGGGGCAUCGUUCACCGACAGCUCGGAUGAAGCGAUGGUCUCCCGCUCCAUGCAAACCAGUGAUGUGUCAGCCGCUGUGUUGGCCACCAGCCACCGGCCAGAGGAUGUUCCGGUCACUCUGCCAGCCGAACCGCGAGCCUACCACAGAGGAUCCACGCUUGACCGGGGACUUGAUGUCUUGGCAGCCCAGAAUUUGAGCAUCGCACCAGAUGGAGCGGGGCCUGCAGCUGCCCGCUCGCAGAAAAGAAAGAAAAGUGAAGACCCAGAUGCCUUGCCA